UGGAGGCUACUCUAAGCAGUGCCCGAGUCGCGUUAGAGUCGGGGUCUGGGUGUCUCCUGCGGCGCACAGCAUUUACGGGUUAUGUCGUGGCUUUUCGGCAUCAACAAGGGCCCCAAGGGCGAAGGCACGGGGCCGCUGCUGCCCUUGCCGCCCGCUCAGCCCGGGGCAGAGGGCGGCGGGGACCGCGCCGUGGGAGACCGACCGGCGCCCAAGGACAAAUGGAGCAACUUCGACCCGACUGGACUGGAGCGCGCGGCGAAGGCGGCGCGCGAGCUGGAGCAUUCGCGCCAUGCCAAGGAGGCACUGAGUCUUGCGCAGAUGCAGGAGCAGACACUGCAGCUGGAGCAGCAGUCCAAGCUCAAAGAGUAUGAGGCCGCUGUGGAACAGCUGAAGAAUGAGCAGAUCCGCGUACAGGCUGAGGAGAGGAGGAAGACCCUGAAUGAGGAGACCCGGCAGCACCAGGCUAGGGCCCAGUACCAGGACAAGCUGGCCCGGCAGCGAUAUGAGGACCAGCUUAAGCAGCAGCAACUUCUCAAUGAGGACAAUUUACGGAAGCAGGAGGAGUCUGUGCAGAAGCAGGAGGCCAUGCGGCGAGCCACUGUGGAACGGGAGAUGGAGCUUCGGCACAAGAAUGAGAUGCUACGCGUGGAGGCUGAGGCUAGAGCACGAGCCAAGGCUGAGCGGGAGAAUGCAGACAUUAUUCGAGAGCAGAUCCGCCUGAAGGCAGCUGAGCAACGCCAGACCAUUCUGGAGUCUAUCAGGACCGCUGGAACCCUGUUUGGAGAAGGAUUUCGUGCCUUUGUGACAGACUGGGAUAGAGUAAUGGCCACGGUAGCUGGGCUGACGUUGCUAGCUGUUGGGGUCUACUCUGCCAAGAAUGCCACGGCAGUCACUGGCCGGUACAUUGAGGCCCGGCUGGGGAAGCCGUCGCUGGUAAGGGAGACAUCUCGCUUCACGGUGCUGGAGGCGCUAAGGCACCCCAUCCAGGUCAGCCGACGGCUCCUUAGCAGGCCUCAGGAUGCACUGGAAGGUGUCGUCCUCAGCCCCAGCCUGGAGGCGCGAGUGCGUGACAUCGCGAUAGCAACAAGAAACACCAAGAGGAACAAGAGCCUGUAUAGGAACAUCUUGAUGUACGGGCCCCCUGGGACCGGCAAAACACUGUUUGCCAAGAAACUCGCUCUGCAUUCCGGCAUGGACUACGCCAUCAUGACGGGUGGGGAUGUGGCCCCCAUGGGGCGGGAUGGUGUGACCGCCAUGCAUAAGGUCUUCGACUGGGCUAGCACCAGCCGGCGAGGCCUCUUGCUCUUCGUGGAUGAAGCAGAUGCCUUCCUUAGGAGGAGAGCGACGGAGAAGAUAAGUGAGGACCUCAGGGCGACCCUGAAUGCAUUUCUGCACAGGACUGGCCAGCACAGCAGCAAGCUGGGCCUGUCCAAUCUGCAGCCUACUCCACAGGGAGGACCAUGGCCCACUGGUCAGCCUGUUGGUCAGCAAGUGGCUAUCUCCUCAGAUGCGUCCCUCUUACUGGCUGUGGCUGCGGCUGCCACCUGCAGUUCCUUUGGGUUCAUGCUGGUCCUGGCCAGCAACCAGCCCGAGCAGUUCGACUGGGCCGUCAACGACCGCAUUGAUGAGAUGGUCAGCUUCAGCUUGCCCGGGCAGGCAGAGCGGGAGCGGCUAGUGAGAAUGUAUUUUGACAAGUAUGUUCUCAAGCCGGCCACAGAAGGACAGCAGCGCUUGAAGCUGGCCCAAUUUGACUACGGGAGGAAGUGCUCCGAGAUUGCGCAGCUGACUGAGGGCAUGUCGGGUCGAGAGAUCGCCCAGCUCGCUGUGGCCUGGCAGGCCAUGGCCUAUGCCUCUGAGGAUGGGGUCCUUACCGAGGCCAUGAUGGAUGCCCGUGUGCAGGACGCACUGCAACAGCACCAGCAGAAGAUGCAGUGGCUGGAGAUUGCGGGACCCAGGCCAGGGGGUGGCCAGCGCCUGCCACCCUGAGCUGGCCAGCAGGACUGACAGCCGCCUGCCCUGCCAAAAGCUCCAGCCUCUUCUGCAGAAGAGGAUGGAGCCAGCACUCGGAGAAUGUUCUGAGCAGAUUGGGGCUCCCAGUGGCGGCUUCUCGCCGGACACACUUGCACACUUGGCAGAGGUGUCUCCACCCAGGCUUCUGGGGAGCGAGUAGGGCAUUCACCUCAGACCACCCCAGAACUGUGACCCACAGGAGGGGCCAGAGAACUGGGAAUGGGUGGGUCCCAGGGGAUUGGACUGAGGGAGAGGAGGCCCCACCCCACCAGCCUCUCCUGGCAGGGGUAUCUGAGGCCACCUGCAGCUGACCAGCAUGCCCGUGAUUGGAGCCAGGAUGGAAUAAAAUCUCUGACACAGUG